UUUCUUUAUUGUUCGUGAGAACGUUUGUGUUGUGAUCCGUCAGAGCCUCUGUGUGUCCGGAUAAACCUGUCUGAAUGGACUUUGUGCUGUUCACCUUUUCUUUCUGGAUGUUUUACCUCUGACUCAUCUCCCGGUAGACUACAAACUCAUUCAAGUUAGCUUAGCAUGCUAGCUGGUUAGCACCACAGCGCUAGUCAGAGUGACUGUUUGAUGGAGAGCAAACUGUGUUUCUGACAGAGUUUGUGUGGAGAAAAAGUUGGUGUCACUGUGUGAAAAAUGUCUAAAGUCCAAACGGUGAGAGCGCUGGUGGAGCAGCGACUGACUGCGGCUGCUGAAGAGAUAUUUGGGCUGUUUGAAAGAACGAUAGCAGAGUACGAGGAGCAACUUUGUCGUUCAAAAGAGAAGAACGAGCGACAACAGAAACUACUGGACGCUGUUUUCAACCCUAAGCUUCACUUACACAGAGCAGACGUCCAGCAGCUGUUGGUGGUUAAAGAAGAUUUUCUCUCUGAGCAGCAGGAGAGGAGCUGCAGUCUGGACCAGGACCAGGAGGACCCAGAGCCCCCACACAUUAAAGAGGAGCAGGAAGAACCUUGGACCAGUCCGCAGGGAGAGCAGCUUCAGGGGCUGGAGGAGGCUGACAUCACCAAGUUCACAUUCACUCCUGUCCCUGUGAAGAGUGAAGAAGAUGAAGAGAAACCUCAGUCCUCACAGCUUCAUCAAACACAAACUGAACAAUUGAAAACAGAAGCUGGUGGAGAGGACUGUGGAGGACCAGAACCAGACAGGAACUCUGAUCCAGAUCCACAAGUCCAAACGGUGAGAGCGCUGGUGGAGCAGCGACUGACUGCGGCUGCUGAAGAGAUAUUUGGGCCGUUUGCAAGAAGGAUAGCGGAGUGUAAGGAGGAACUUCAUCGUUCAAAAGAGAAGAACGAGCGACAACAGAAACUACUGGAUGCUGUUUUCAACCCUCAGCUUCACCUACACAGAGCAGAUGUCCAGAAGCUGUUGGUGGGUAAAGAGGAGUUUCCCUCUGAGCAGCAGGAGAGGAGCUGCAGUCUGGACCAAGACCAGGACCAGGAGGAGCCAGAGCCCCCAUACAUUAAAGAGGAACCGGAGGAACCUUUGACCAGUCCGGAGGGAGAGCAGCUUCAGGGGCUGGAGGAGGCUGAUAUCAUCAAGUUCACAUUCACUCCUGUCCCUGUGAAGAGUGAAGAAGAUGAAGAGAAACCCCAGUCCUCACAGCUUCAUCAAACACAGACUGAACAGAUGGAAACAGAAGCUGAUGGAGAGGACUGUGGUGAGAAACGAUUUAGCUGCUCUGAAUGUGGGAGAAGGUUUGGCUACAAGCACGUUCUGCAGAGGCACAUGCUUUGUCAUACAGGAGAGAAACCUUUCAGCUGCUCAAUUUGUAAGAAAAAAUUUUCACAGAGUGGAACUUUAAAGAAACACAUGAGACUCCACACAGGAGAGAAUCUUUUCAGCUGCUCAGUUUGUAAGAAAAAUUUUUCACAUAGUGGAUCUUUAAAGAAACACAUGAGUCUCCACACAGGAGAGAAACCUUUCAGCUGCUCACUUUGUGAGAAAACUUUUACACGGAAUUAUGGUUUAAAGAAACACUUGAGACUCCACACAGGAGAGAGAGAUUAUUUCAGCUGCUCAAUUUGUAAGAAAACUUUUACACAGAGUGGGGGUUUAAAGAAACACAUGAGAUUCCACACAGGAGAGAGACCUUUCACCUGCUCAUUUUGUGGUAAAGGUUUCAGUGGAAGUUGUGAUCUGAAGAGACACAUGAGAGUUCACACAGGAGAGAAACCUUUCAGUUGCCGUAUUUGUAGCAAAAGAUUUGCCCGUAGUUCACAGGUCAAAAGACAUAAAUGUGCUGGCCGCUCGUCCUCAAAGUUUCAUCAAGCUGAGGAGAACAAAGAGGCAGAGCCUCCAGCCAGCAGCCCACAUGAAGAGAUGCUAACAGAAGCUAAUGGAGAGGACUGUGGAAGACCAGAACCAGCCAGGAACUCAAAUCCAGAUGAACCAGAAACUGAUGAGGAUACUGGAGAUUCUCCUGAACCUGAGACUGAUGACAGUGGUGAUUGGAAGUAAACUAGCAAUGCUCUUAGUAAAAGGUCCUCAUCAGUGACAAUGAAAGCCUUUUUAUUAACUCCUUGCACAUUUUGGAGGGUGUGGCAGAUUCAGUUUGAAGGCUACAGAGAAGAUCAUCACAUAUUGGUAUGAAACUAGAUGAUCUUAGGAAUCCUUUUGUACAAAAUAUGUUGUGAUCUCUUGUUGGGAAGGGUGUGAAAUUUGAUGUUCACUUGUCCAUUCAGCAUCUUUAGAUAUUUUAGUAAGAUUUGUUUUUGUUUUACAAAACAAGUGUUGACAAACUGAUGUUUUAAUUAAAUAUUUGAUCUUAGAAGUGUAACAAUUACAACUUUAUUUUUUUCUAACAGCAAAACAAAAUAAAAAACAU